GAGAUGAAGACAGAUUUGGGGGUUGCUUAAAUCAUGUGGGGUAUCAGCAGAUGUCAACAGACAUCUGUCACUUUCCACUGCCCGGCUUUAUUUAUAAUAUGUCCCAAGCCUAGUCAAUGUUUUCUUUGCGGUCCUAUCUGACUUGACAGAUAAGCAUCAAUAGAUAACCAGGAAAUGCUGGUUUACCUGCUUAUCUAGUAUGUAAGAGGGUGUCUUGUCUUGAUAUCGAGUCCCAUGGUGUCAAAACGUUUUUACAGAUCCUGAACAGCUGAAAACAUAAUUAUUCCCUCAUUUUAAUUGGCACUUUGCAUUGUUGAUAGCCACAGUGUGGUCUAUCUAAAAGACUACAGACAUUAAAUUAAUUGUUUUUAAUGGAGUUGUUAAAAAAGAUUAACUGUAAAAUACAUGUGUCGAAUUUCCAUGAAACAACUGGCAUAUUUUAAGCUAUUCGAAAUCAAAAACAAAGAAAAGAUACACUGAAACUGCCUAGGUGAGAUAACACAUUUGUCAUUUUAGCAGAUUGACAAACAAAAUUAUGGUUCACUACAGUUGUAGAAGGACGGAAAAAGUCCCAAAUUUUAUUAUUUUAUUUUUAUUUGAUCCCUAUUAUAUUUCAGGCAAUCAAAAUGACUGGUCAAGCUUGUAGUGUAGUCUAACAUGAGCUCAAAUAGAGUGAUGAUGAAGCUGGUCCAGAGACUAAAAACUGUUAGCUCUGCAUCUAUUCUCUCAUCCUGCAGACCAUGGUUCAGGUUAAGGUUAGGGGAGAGUGGGGUAAGAUGAGCCAUUUUUCAUAUUUCGGAUCACUACAUUAAGGCAAUCAUAGUUUUGUAUCUAACUAGUGUAUCUGCAUAUUUCAAGAUGUCGUGCAUCCCUGCAAACCAACAGAAUGAGUGUAAACAUAACUGUCUUGAUAAUAUAGCAUGCCAAAAAAAGUGGUCUCCUUUGGUCAACUUACCAGAGGGAAGGAGGCGGAACCAAGUCGUCCAUACAGUCGUAUAUAUACAGUCUAUGAACUUAUCCUGAACAACUAUUAUGACUUUAUUAGUCCUCUAAGCUAAAAUGGUGAACUUUUAUGUUAGGUUUUUGACCUCAUGCUGUAGCUCAUAGAUACUACAAUUGAUGAAUAAAACAAAUUUAAAAUGAUCUUCUUUGUUCUGAACACAAAUCUAAUCAAACUUAUGACAGACUAAAUUCACUUUCAAGAGUGAAAAAUGUUUUUUUUUUUUUUUUGGAAAUUAAUGUCUAACCUCCUCACCCAUGUGCUUCUAACCUUCACUGACUCCAUAAAAAUUGACGCUCAUCUCCCAAAUAUUUGGUCACGUGAUCAAUUUCUUUGACCAUUUCCAAACAACAGGGGGUGGCUCAACUUACCCUUUGACUCAACUUACCUCACUCCCCCCUAUCCAUUGGGAUACAAGUCCUAUUUCCUCGAGUACCGAUAGAAGAUCUCAUGGAUGGAGCCGGUGCCGCUCUGUGUUCACUUGGCUGUGUCUGCUCGCUGACUGGAGAGUAGAGGGAGAGGGAGGGGAGAGAGAGAGCAGCGCAGCAGCAGCGGGUAAACCACCAGCUCUGAAACCCAGAAAUAAAGGCGAACUCAGCUUACAUGCGCAACAGUAAUUUACUGUACUUAACGAUAGUUCGCAACUACCUUUCCGGGGACUUAGUGUAUAGGACCGGGACGUUUGUGGACUAUAUUUUUGACGGCUGGAAACUCUAAAGGAAAGAAAACAACAACACUGGAAAAAAAACGGGGGUUACACACAACAGUGACAAUAAAACAACACUCCCCGACAAGUGGUCCGUCUGGUGCCGAGGGGGGGAAGUCCGAGCAGUAAAACUGGAAAAAAUUGGUGAACUAUUAAUCCAUUUGAAACGCCUAAAUCGUGAGUUCCCAGAUGGUGUUUUGUGUGAACUUUAAACUCAGGAAACAAUGAAGACAUAGUGAGCGAGAACUCAUCAAGUGUCUCGAAGCUGCUAGCCAUCCCCGCUAGCGUUAGCCGGGCUAGCAGCGAGCGAAUGCUAACGGCCGUUGGUGCAGACAGGUAAGCUAAGUUAGCUCGGCGGCUAACCGUUAGCUGGCUAGCUAGACGCGUUUUUGAGAAACUUUUGGUGUUGUUUCCUCAGAGCCCAAACACUGAAGGAGUGCUGUAAGAACGGAGGGGAAGGGCGGGUUCCCUUCUGGACUUGUUCCCCUCUAUAUAUCUUGCUAAUAUGAUGGCUGCGGAGGUCAGCAGUGAGGAUACGGGCUCGGUCACCGCGGGGACAGGGGUGGCAGGCGGAGGAGGCCCGGAGACGGCCCCUUUUCCCUACUAUCCCAAACCGAGCAGAGUGAGAGUGAGUGAUUUGGGACAAGGACCAGCACCGGCCCUUCGCCAGAAUUCAAACACCUCUCCGGACUCACUGCCUGACGUGAGUAUGAUAUAUCCCGUGUCUAGUGGGGAUAUUACUGGAGCAACGCUGUCCGCUACAGGGAGUGGCGGACCAGGAGUUGGACACUCAGUUUUCCAAGGAACAACCUCAGGGACUGGGACCGGGGGCAGCGCUUGCAGCUCUCCCACUUCGGAGGGUCCAGUAAGUCGGAUUUCACCCACAUCAUCAGGCCCGGAUGGACCCACUGUCUUCCCCCCACUGCCUCCACCCCCUCCUCCCCCUCCGGGCUGCGGGGGGCUCGGCGGCACUAUGGAUGAAAGCGACAUGCAGGAUGGACCGGAAUACGAAGAAGAGGAGGUGGUGUUCCCCCUCUCUGCACCUCCCACGAACCAGUAAGUUUACAACUAGUAAAACUGAUAAAACUGUUUGAUAGAAAACAGCCUUUGCAAGCAUAUUGUACUCUUUCAUGUGUUCACGUCCUUCCUGCUGAAAUGCACAUGGGGUGUAAGUAUGAGCUCUUGCAGAACCAUACUAUGAUUAUACAUGAUCAUAUCCUGCCCACACUCAUUUUUGUGAGUAUUUGAUAGUAGCAGAUAUCUAAUAUCUUGACAUCUUCAUUCUCAUCUUUGACAGAUCAUUACAUUAAUACUAAUGAUUGUCACUGUAAACAACACCAAAUCUCUCCUGUAUUGGAAUUUACCUGUUACUCUGUCUAUUUGCUCUAGAAAUAGACAUAAAACAAGGCAAAUGACAUUUGAUUUGACCCAAGAUAAUACAUAUAUUAUUUCUGCACAUGUAGACAUUCAGUAUUAUGUCAGCUGUCUGUUUUGAAACUUUCAGCUGACAUGUCAAAGCCUGUUCACCACACAUAAGCUGUCAUUGCGGCUAUAUAACUGAUACAUCAUUUUCCGUUAAGACUGCGAAUAUCGGCAGAAUUUGUUAUAGUUGCCAAUACCGAUGAUUUAACAGUUUAAGCUCACAUCUGAUGCUGAUAUUAUGCUUUUACUAUGCCUCCCUACAAGAGUCACAAUACACCAAGACUUGUGGUGUGUCCCAAAUCGCGUACUUCCAUACUAAAUUCUUAGAUUUUUCAAAUUGAGUAUACUAAGAAUACUGUGUACUCAAUCGCACAGUGUGCGAGUUUUGAGAGUGCAGUGUUGUCCCAAAUCGCAUACUGCCACGCGGCGAACUCACCACAGCGUGAUUUGCCUCAUGUCUGAACAUUUAUUGUGCAUAACAGAAAAAUAAAGUAUUUACAUAUAAAAAAAAAUUAGAACUAGAAAACUUAAGAUACCCUAUUUACAUAUUAAACAUUUGGUACGCGGUAAUUUAAGAUAAACUAUUUUACAAAUUAAGCAUUUAAAACUAGAAAGAAACUAUUUACAAAAAACUACUUUUUAAAUACAUUUUAUGUAAUAUAUAAAAUAUAAAACAUAAUAUAAUAUUAAAUACAGAGGCAACUUAUUACUUACAUCUGUACAAAGCUCCCAGGUUGAUUGUCGCCGACCCACUGGCACCACAGCCGUCCGCAGCCAUUAUUACUGAUAAAAUGAGUGCUGCGAGUGUCCACAGUCGCAUACUCAAAAUCUUGACCGAUUUGAGUUCGUCACCUAGGUACUUUUGCAUACUCAAUUUUCGCAUACUAUCCAUACUUUUCUCCAUGUUGAGUUGAGUGUACUCAAAAUUAUUCAGUAUGGAAGUAUGCGAUUUGGGACACACCUUUGCUCUUACUGGCUGCGUGUGUGUUUCUCAUUUGCAAACAUCCUUUUUUCUGAGGAAUCAAACAGACUUUGAUCAUGCACACUUUGCAAUUAUAUAAUACAUUGCUUUUUUUUUCCUAACAGUCAAACUUUAGUUUCGUUUGUUCCACCAGAAUUGGACAGUUUUAAUGUCUGUUUUUAAGGAUCAAUAAUAUAUUAGGAUUAUUUUAGGUAAUGCACAUAAGAAGAGACCAAAGAUACAUUCACCCCUUCCUUUAACCACUAUUAUAGUAUCAGAAGGCAACAAAGAGGAACAACAAAUCUAGAAUAUAAUUUCAGAAUACAUCCACAUUGUGCAGUGAAAUAUUAAGAUACGCAGGCACAAAGAAAUCACAUAAAGGAAUUUUGACAUGCGCAAACUGUUGCAUCUUUUAUCAUCUGAUUGGAUGAAGAGUUGCAGGUUGACAAAGGCUCACUUAAGGUCAGAGUGUGUUCAAUUCUUGCACCAUUUUUCUAUUUUAGCCUCUCAAGUGAAUCAAAACUCAGUUGUGACAAGUCUAUAUCUUGGGCUUUGUCAAAAACACCUCACAGUUGAUAAAAGUUUUCUGUAUGGUUUUAGGUAGAUAGUUGAUUGACUGUUAAUUCUGAUUUGUUGAUCAUCUUAUUUAAUUUGUAACAGCUACGCAACAAUUUAAUAUUUGUAAUGAUAAGUGAGGUUGAUGAUAUAUUUCUGACUUGCUUUUGAUAAGAACUAUAAUAGGUUAUUUUCAAGGUUGGUAUGUCACCUCAGUUGUGUCAUAAUUAUUUUUUGCGACCUGUAUUCAGUGGUGAAGUGAAUGACCGAAUGAAACAGUGAUGCUAUUUUACUGCAUUAGAGUGAAAUGAGUAUAUAAGGGUAUUCAUGAACCUUUUUAUAUAGAAGCAGAGAGAAUGCAUACUAAUGUGUGUUUUCAAGUUGCAGUUCUAAUUGUGAACAUUUGUAUAAAUUUAUCAGGCAUGCACAGAAGCACAUGUCCAAACGCAAGUUCACUGGUGUUGUAAUAACCUAAAUUUGGCCCUCCCAUUUGUUAUACUCUCAUUAGAGAGCUGCUGAGCUUUGUCAUUUCUGGCCCUCAUACUGUUAUAUGGAAGUGACCGGGCCCAGAGUGUGGAUUCAGCUUUUAUUUUAGGAGCCACUCUAUAUCUCCCUGUCAGAUUACAGAAGAAGGGGAAGGCCAGUAUUUCACCAGUCUUGCCUCUGCUGGGUUUGAAUAAACGAUCUCAAGUGGAAUAGAAAAACUAGAAUGUUUAGUUUGUACAUACUGUAUAUUAGCACUGUGGAAGUAGUAUUUUUCCCAAGGGAAGGCCUACUUCCUCAUUGGUUUGCACUUAGAUUUCAGUUUAUCAACUUGCAGGGUUGCCAGUGAGGCAGUGGAACAGUUGUCGCUUGUGCAUGAAUGCCAUUGAUUUUCUUUGGUUGUGCUUGUUUCACAAUGACAGACUUGUAGUCAAAUGUUUCUCUGCCACAUUCAUGAGCACAUAUCUUUACACCCUGCUAAGAGUCAGAGUGAAUCACUCUCUCACUCUGCCCAACUCUAAGAUGUUUUACAGAACUGAGUUGUGUAAGGCACAUACACAACAUAAGCCUUUCCUCUGUUUGGGGUUUGUGUUUGUGUUUUUUUUUUUUCUGAAUUGCCUCAAGUGGUCAUUAUGCACUGGAAAACUGAACCACAUUUCUAUCAGGAUUUUGGUUAACAUUAGCCAGCAAUUUCCCAGUAGGCUCUGUCAAGUGUAUGCCAGUGUUUAACAAAAUGAAGACAACAUUUUUUUAAACCAAAACAAAGUGAAAAAUGUUUCUCAGUAGAAGCUCUAAAAGCUGAUGUUAUUAUGAGCAUCAAAAACAGUGAAUUAUCCACCCGGGGAUAAAUAAAGUAUUCAGAUUCUGAUGAUGAUGCACAUAUAGAAGGCAUUUUUGCUUUACAAACACCAAUUUAAAAACAGUAAAGUAAGAUGUCGAAUGUAGUAAGGCGAGUAGCAGUGACAGCUGUCAUUCAUUCAUUCUCUUGUUUGGGGGUAAGUGCCUCUUGGGAAGCUAUGAGGUCCUCCCUUUGCUUUGCAUUGAUGACCCAGUUAAGGAGAGGGUCUGCUCCUCCUUAAGGAUGUGUCACUGAUCCAUUAAGAUGGACAGGGCUGAUAUGAGUGGACCCUCUACGAGGUCACUGUCUCAUCUGGAGGUGCAGUCCUGAGGAUGAAGCCUUGUGUAAUAUAGAGGGAUUCAGGCAAAAUGCUUCACGGUCAUGAGCAUUGCUAAAGCACUGGCCUGAAGGCAACACACUCAUGGCCAUGUUUUCUGGCAUAAAAUCAACUUAUCUUAUGUCACAUUGUGUAUGUAACUCUCCGAUGUAUGUAGAGUACAAAACAUGUAUACAUUUGUUUAUUAUGACGCACAUUUUCUCCCUGUUCCCAUGAUAGCAUAUGUCAGAGGCGAAUCUAUGAUUGGCAUAAAUGGGUGUUACAUUUACAGCUGACUACCCUGGAUGAUUCUGAAUCUCACUCUGCCCAUUCAUCUGUGUGGCUAGCAGUGAAUGCUUUCUGUAGUCUGGCUCCGAGACUCAUCUUGUAUUCCUUUGAGUUAUGUUUGCAGCCUGCAAAGUGCAUUUAGAAAGAGUGAUGGUGGAAAACUCGCACACCGUUGGAAAUGGUCCCACUGUGUGUCGCACACUGACUGAACACUUGACUUGGCACACUCGCGGAGAACAGCAGAGUGCAAAUGUUUGUGCAAGUGACAGAGGGACAAACAGCACUCGCACUCGAUCACACCUUUGCGCUGCAGUGCUUCAUUCAUAAACAGUGAUAACACCACGUUUUAUUUAUAACGCACUUUACAUUUAGAGCAAAUGUCAAAGUGUUGUUGGUUGCAGCUUUCACAACAAGAAUUUUACACAGAUGAUGGCUAAAAAAAAAGCUAGUGGAGGUGUAAGGCCACAUAACUGUGCACGCUUCUGCUGCCAUUAUAAAUCUGCAGCCCAGUGCCUGAGCUUAAACAAACACACGUUGGGAAACAGGUCGUUGAUUUCGAGUUUCCACGAAGAUUAGCGAGGAUUUUGAGUCAUAAAGGGUUUCCCUAAGAAGGUGGGUGGUUAGAGGAAGAAGUAAAAGGGGAAAAGGAAAGUUGGAUUUGAAGAUCAGUGGCAAUGUGAAUGAGUUUACCAGAUUUAGCUCUUGGCUGAGGAAACUGCAACUGCAAUGUUAAUUGAGUAUCCACAGUACCUUAUUGCCCUUUGUGUGGGGUGGCAGAGACAAUUGAAUCCUGAAAUGGCACAAGGAUCAUGUCACAGAGCCUAACUGGGUUAUUCCCACAGGGAGAUUGUUCCCAUGGCCAAACUGCUACAGCUCUUCAUAACAAAGCAGGGUUUUAUUAAUGGGAUUGAAUCAGUCAUUACACACUUUUGAUGACUGGUGAGCCAUGCAAUUAGUAUUAAGCCUGUAAUUUCCUGCCAGACAUUUUUGAAAUUAUUGCAGUACCUUGGCUGACAGUUUUCUUCGACUAACACGGCAUCUGUGAAACUAGUUUAGCAGAGGAUUCAUGUGCUUUGACGGGCUUUUCUAGAUCAAUUGAUUGGCAUACCAGCCCCAUUCAUAUUCAUGUUAACUCUAUGCUGUGCAUUGAUAAGACAAACUCUAUGAUUUCCAUGCAUUUUCAUUGUGUUACGCAAUGUCCUGUCAUGCCCUUCUAAUACCCGCGCUGCCCUGCCUUUUCUCUCGUGCAUCCUGUUUUCAAGACUUCUGAGCCUCUCAUUGUGGUCUUAACAGGAUCCUCUGGAGCUUUUCAUUUGUGUUUGACAAUACCCAGGAUUUUUGAUUUGAAUGACUCUCUUAGACCCGCUGAAUGACGAGGUGGCUUCUUUCUUUGUGCUUGACAUGUUUCAGUGCAAGGUUAGGUUUAAGCUCUGUAGUUACACCGCAAAAGCGUCACACAUAACGAGUAUGAUAAAGGUUUGUGUCUAACUUUGAUGUCAAAGCUUUUGUGUUAUGUGCAGCAGCAUAAUUGAAAUCUUAUUUUACACAUUGCAGCGCCUGUUUCCCAUAAUGUUACUAAACUAUGGUGUUAGAUCUACAAAGAGAGAAUCUAACUGGAUGCCUCUGCAUGUAGAAAUCAAAGCUCAGGAGGAAUAUUGUAUGGGUAGAUGACAGCGAAGCCUAUUAUCACUGAUGUAAUGAUGUUAUUUCAGGGUGGCUGAUUCACAGCAGGAAAGCCGAGAUGUCUGCUUUGGUCCCUGUAUGUCUGGCUAGGCAUUAAAAUGAUGGUUGGUUAGCAUUCAGUCUGAGCAAGGCUGGAGAUGCAUGGAUGGUCCUUUCCCUCUCUCUCUCUAUCUCUCUCUCUGUCUGUAUAGGUUGAGCUGACCCCCCUGUGUGCUGUCAUUCUCUAGAUCUGGCAGAGGUAACAAUCUGUGGCAGCCCAUCGCAUGCAUAGGAAAGCAAAACCAAUGCACAGCUGCUGUCAGGCCCCUACUGCUUUAUAUAGACAUAAACUUAUCAAUUGUGGAAACGUAUUCACACAUAAAUAAAUAUGUUACUAAGAGAAGUCAAUAACAGCAUGGCAGUUUUUUGGCUCACUGGUAAAUGCACACAGUGUUAGGAUUAAAUGAUCUAGCGUAUGUUCAUGUAUGGCUGGGCGGUAAACCGAAAAUACACAGAUACUGAAAUUUAUGACAAUAACUGAUGUCAUUUUGCCCAUUGUGAUACAUUUGGUGUCAAAAAAUUAAUAAAUAAAUAGGGCCCAACCGAUAUGGAUAUUUUGGGGCCAAUGCCGAUACCGAUCAUUAGGGGGAAAAAAAUAUGUUCACCGAUUGAUCGGCCGAUUUAAAAAAUUUUUUAUGAAGUUAUAAAAAAAUAUAUAUAUUUAUAGUAUAGAUGUCUAAAGUAUACUAUAUACUGUAGAUAUACUGUAGGCUACCUUUCUUCACGCCGACAGAAAGAGCGACUGAUCAAACUCGGACCAGAAAAAAAGCGUUUUCAACGAUCGGUACCUCUGCGUCCUAACUCACGUUACACAUCGUGAAGUGGGUUGAACUGAAACUUGUUGACUUAUUGUCUACUUCACAAACUAGUUUAUUUACCGUUGAGGCGGACCACUCUCCUCUGUGCAUCCCUUAGCUGCCUGCUUCAGAUUCGUCACUCUGCUGUGCUGUGAGUAGUUAGUGGAUGAAGAUUGUCAUGAGGCCGCUGUGCCAUCUACAGGAUAAGUCGGGGACCUUUUCAAAUGGCUGAACAUUUUCGAAGUGAAACCGAAUCUUAUUCUCUGCAUCUUAUUUCUGAAAAUAUCGGCGGAAAUCGGCAAGUUUUGGCCGAUUACUGAUUAGUCUCAAGCGGGCUAAAUUGGCCGAUUUAAUCGGCUCUCUGAUAAAUUGGUUGAGCCAUAUAAAUAAAAGUUGGUUUGGAUGUGUGUAGGUAGGCUAUGGUCUCAUGUCCCUUUAAGACGCUGUCCUACGUGGGAGACUUGACUCCACCCCAUCCAACAAUGAGAGAAAGACAGACGAGGAGAUGGAGGACGGUUCAAAAGUUGGAGCGGCGGCUGAAGUAGAUGAAGUUAAUGUGGGAGAGGGUGAGCAGCUUGUGGAGUAGUUAUUGUCCAUUUAUCGUUAACGAGGUGAAAUGCUCAAUAUAUCGUAAUAUUGAUUUGAGGCCAUAUCACCCAGCCCUAUCUUCAUUUACUAAUAGAGCGGCAGGUGUGGCAUUAAAAGCAGUGGGUUUUUCUUACCCAAAGAGAGGUUCAUGGCAUCUUGUUAAUUUUAAAUGUGAGGUCAAAGAUUUGUGUGAAUUGAUUUGAUUAGUACAUAUCCGUGUAUUUGACAGCACAUAAAGGUACAUUCACACAGUUUUCCGGGUUUGCAGAGACCACUCCCUACCCUUGCUGUCCCACAGCUCCAAAAACCAAUCGGCAGCAGGCUCAUGAUGCAAGGCUUUAUGAGAGAGAAAGAGGGAUGGGUAAAAAGAGAAAGUCAGAGCAGGAUGAAGUGAAAGCAAAGACUACGGGGCUGCAGUUUGCCUCCGACUCAGAGCAACUUCCUCAAGACAGCACCUGCAGAAAAUGGAACCAGACUCAAUCCUUCAACUUUCCUCAAAUUAGUUCAGACACCUAAAUGCAUGUGGGCUGUCAGUCUUCAUCUCUUUGACCUCCUGCUCAUCCUACUUCCAAGGAUGUUGCUAAGUGAGCCUCGCAGCGGGAGAUGACUGUUUCGAGGCAGCUGCGGGGUCACAUCAUCAUGAGUUGUACGGAUUUGGAGCUGCCUUUGCGCUGCUUUCCACGUCGGAGCUCAUCGUUUUCACCCGUCCAAAAGCAUUAUCAGUGGAGUGGGUGCACCUUGUGAGAUUACAGGAUACGGGAGGGAGAUGCAGCAGAGGGCAAACUCGGCGUAAGUGGAGCAUCAAAUUAACCUGAAACUCUAGAAACAGCUGACACCCCAGCUUACCAACUCUUUACAUUUCAUACUCAUGUGUAAACGUCCUUAAUUGUAUGUAUAGAAAAGUGUUUAGAUAAUAGGCCAACACUUAAUCACAUUUUGAGGUGGCAUUAUUUGAAUCACAGGAAACCUUCUUAAUUAUGCAAAAAAAGCUCCAUGGGGUAUGAGCGUUAUUCAAGAGUGUUUUAUUUGCAUGUAAAAAAACAUGUUGUGCUCAAUAUCCCCUGUAGAAAGUCUGCAGCUCCCCAAGGAUAUAUCGCUAAUGUACAGUGAUGCAAUUUUUCAUUACUUUUUGAUACUGAUGAGGGCUGACAGUACGACUACGGAGAGGUUUGAGUACAGUCACACAGCUGCGUGCGGCAGGAUUAGGACAGGAGAAGAUGAGGAGAGACCUAAACUACAGAGAAAGCGUCAUGACAGAAGGACGGGGAAAUUAAAUACAGUUCACUCAAGCAUAAGAAAUUGGUGCAUGUACCGUCUGUUUUAUUGACCGCAGAAAAGUGGCUCCAGCAAGCACAAGAAAAAGGGAAUGUUGUUCUUAUAACUUCAUAUGCAAUCAAAUGGCACAAAUUGAGUCAAACAGCCGCGUAUUACAAUCACUUAGGAGUGGAGGAGGCACUACUACUCCAGCAAACUGAGGCUCGUUAUAUGGUAAAGUCUGACCCAACAUACACUGACUGUCAUUACUUUUUAUAAGUAGUUAGGCUUGACUGAUUUUGGCCAGUAGAGUAUGCGGUGACCUCCAUUUGAGUGUUCCUUUAAAAUUGCAGCUCCUCACUUCUUCAACUUCUACCCUAUUUUUACCAUGAUCCAAACUUAUUAUAUUUUCCAAUUAGAUGAGACUUAUAAUGAUAUUAUCAGUCAUUCUGUUAUAAAUCCUCCUCUGAUCGUCUGAUUAAUCCGGUGAGGACUGUGCCACAUGUUGGUUUUGCUGUCUAUAAGUGCUGUGUACGAUAUCAUAAUCAUUGAUGAGUGCACAUUUACGACCUCAACACAAUAUGUGAAGUGCUUUUCACGUAGGCCUGGGUUUAUUUUUAUUGCCUAAUUCAUAGUGUCGUUUAAAGACAUAUCCAUAUGCAGCAGCUGUAGCCCAUUUAAUCAAGACAUUAAUUAUACACAUGCAUGGUAUUUGCACAUAUUUUCUUCUCGGCUGUUACAGCACAAAUUGGGCCAGUUGUGUUUCAACUGAAAAACAAAUUAAAUCAACCCUUGAGGGAAUAUUGAUCCAAAUUAUCCACAUACCUGUAAUGUUUGAUAUCCUCUCAACCAUAAGGAAAAUGCGUCUCUUUUCUUUAAAUUGGCCAGUUUGGUGCCACUAUAGAGUAUCAAGAUAUAGACAAAAUGAUUAUCUCAAUAUUUCCAGAAUCUUGGUCAGACAAAGUUGUUGUACAUCCUCAAAAAUGUGUAGAAAACGGUGUUAAAGUCUCGCACUCACUCAACCCUGUUCAUAUAGGUUAUUAAUAAUAUAUAUGUUAGAACCAACUUCUCCACAGAAAAGCAGGUGUUUUUGAAUCUAAACUGUAUUAUUCUGCAAAUACAACAUAAAAAUGCUGAAAUCAACAGAGAAGUAUUGAGAUCAAACAGUGAAAGUACAUGUAAACCAGUUUGAAGUGUCUCUGGAUUCACUUUGUAAAAAAAAAAAAAGCCAAACUUUGCGACGUAUGUUUUUGAUUUACGGGUACUUUAGCUGGUCAGUUCACAGAUGGUGAAACAAACUACCGUAUUUUUCGCACUAUAAGGCGCACCAUCAAUGAACGCGUCUGUUCGCACCGGAUUGUAAGGCGCAUUAAGCCAAAUAAAACAGUCAGAUAAGUCAAACUUUAUUCAACUCAUUCAAUAACGCUGCGAGGCUACGGUAGCUGCAGUGCUCCGACAAGCCAAAAGGAUUUUAAGUGCGCCUUAUAGUGCGAAAAAGACGGUAGUUGGUGAGUCUUCUGGCAUCUUUUGAGCUGCGCCCCUCCUUUCCAAAGCUAAAGCACCAUAUGAGUGAGGAUGAUCCACUUCAAACAGAUACAUCCAUAGAUAUCAAAAGGCUGGUGGUGUUUGUGUUUUUUCUCCUACAGUUGUUUAUUCACUUAUUCAUAUCUUAUGCAGGCAGCUGUGCUAGCUUAGCUUGUUGUGAUGUGUGAAAACAUGAGCAGUAGUCUGUCCUACUAGGCUUCAUCAUGUGGAUCCUGCAUUUGCAUUGCUUUUUUCCUGAAUGACAUUUUUGCUCCUUCAACAAUUAAGCCAUUAUCUUGGACAGUUAUAUCCACACACCCCGAUGCCACAGGUUGUCCUUUUCAAAUCAAAACCUAUAAGCUGUGAAAGCGAAAGACAGUGAGGGUUUAUGUGACUCAACAAACACUACAGGCAAAAGCUGCAAACAGUAUGUCACUCCUGUCCUGUCAGAGCCUUUGUGAUGCAACAUUUUUAAGGCAUCCAGCCUUCAAAUGUAGCCUGAAGGAUUGUAUACACAAUAAAUGGUGCGGCCCUGCUUGCAGGAGCCUCAUUAUUUUGGCAUCGGGCCCAAGCUCUCUCGGCUUGGGCAUGUUCGAUUUCAGCAGCGUUCAGUAAUAUUGUUCUUGACAGCAUGACACAGUUAGCUCAACUAUGCUUCUAACUUAACCUCCUAACUCCUUUGCUAAUAAGAAAACGUGAAAAGUUUGUGCCCCUUAUGUCACGGUGGAGUCACAACAUGAGUGUCCUGUGUAAAUAUGAUGUUCAGGAUGUGGGCGUUAAGUUAUUUCAGUGAGAUCUAGUUCUCGGAGAGCUGUGACUCAGUUGGUAAAGAAAGCGCUAUAGUGAUUAACGAUGCAUUUUUGAUUUGUGUUACCAUAGUUAGCCGGGGAACUUUGUGCAGAGAUAAAAACCUUAUCCUGAGUGGAGUGUUGGUAGAGGAGAGAACCAGGACGUCACUGUGCUGCUCGCUGUUCAUGUACUGACAUGACAGGGCAUUCCUCAAGCUGAUAGCAGCGCUGAAUGCUAUCACUGCUGCUCAUAGUUCGCUGAUUUGAACACCUUUCCUGCCUUGUUUACCCACAUAACCAAGAUCAUUGUGGGCGCUAUAAUCUAAGGAUUAGAUCAUAUAGCUCAAGCAUCAAUCUAUCAGCAACUAUGAAAAAUAGUUUUUACUAAUCUUUGAGUAUGAGGUUAAAAAAACGAAAUGCAUGUGAAAAAUGGUUUUAUUCAUGGGGCUGACUGUAAAUUAUACAAAUCCCCCACAUACUGUACAAAAACAAAUCCACAUGGCUUUUGCUGCUAAGGCAGAACAGAAAUUUACAGUUACAUGUUCAAGUAGGUGAGUAAGCUAUUCAUUCAACACUUACAACAUAAAGAGCUUCAAAAACACAUUAUAAAAAAUGUUGAAGCGGUUACAACAAACCAAGAGAGACAGGGAGGUGUUCUUACAAAAAAAUAAAUGUGGUUUCGUGUGUUUAACAGGAAGACUAAAUACAGAAAUGGCAGCCAUACCAGACAUGUAUGAUGUUUGUUUGAACCGGAUACUGCUAAGAAAUUCUGAAAGAAAAAAAAAAUCGACACAGUCUGAAAGUAAUUCAACACCAUUUAAUGCACCAGGUAAGUUCAACAACUUAAGAAAGUGGGUAUUAUAGAUGUAGAGCUAUAGCAAAAUAUAUACAUAUGUAGAAAACGGGCAAAAAUUGAUUAUAUGAGAUACUUUUUUGUUUAUUUAAGCCCCCUGUAACCUGUACAGUAGCAUUGUUUAGGGAUUCCUGGCUAAAAUUCAUGAUGCAAACCAGUAUUUUUAUUUGAAAUCAGUGCUUUGAAUAUACUCAAAUAUUUGUACGACCAAAAAAAAAACAAUCAAAAUGUCAAUUCUUGUGUGAUAAGUCUCUGUAUUAAAAACAGACAGUAUAUACAGUAUAUACUCAUUCUGUUGACUGAAUAUCAUAUUAUAGGAGUUUUGACACAAACUCAAGUUUUCAAACUCAACUUUUAAUCCGAACUUCUUUUUUUAUUCUUUGUCUGAAGAUGUUAACAGCACAGAACAAACUCGAUGUUCACCCACAGCUACAGCAACAGCCCGCCUGUCAACAGAAUGCACAACCUCGGGGGGGUUAUAUCAGAUUGAAUCACCGUUUAGCUGCAUUAGCUUAGCCUCACUCUAAUGUGAUGAAUGACAGGUUUAAUUAAACGCACAGAUUUCAUAGAUGACACACUUAUCCUGUUUAUUACCCUGUACUGGGUGCUGUUGGCAAAAUUUCUGUUUUCUCUUUGAAUAAUCUUUAAACUCGCCAGCAAAAACCCCCCCACAGUUCACGCCUUAUGGUCCCAUAGCAUGUCUCAUGUCCAGUUGCUCUGUCUCCAAGCCUGCUCGCUACUUUUGGUGCACCAGGGUUUGAUGGGCCUUAAUGUAGAUUAGAAGAUGUUUUCAUUAUUGGCACAUUACUGGUCUCAUUGCUCAGAUACAGCUUUUACAAUCCCAGUAAUGCAUGAUGAUAGCAGCUCAAAGAAAUGCUGCUCUUGAAUUGUACAAGACUAACAUGUCAAAUGCCAUCUUAUUAGAAAUUGAGUGUAAAAAGAGGAUGUGGUAGCUUCUCGAGUUUAACACUGUUACAUAACUUUGUGCAGUUUGUUUUUUUAAUCUUAUUUUUAGCAGCCAGGUGUUUAUUGAUUCUGAAUUACUCACUGCACUCUGAAGUGAAACCUCCGACUAAUCAACCUACAUGUCAUGCUGCCUUCAUACGAGAGCAGGAAAUUAAUGCACAGGGUUAAAAUGUCUCACAGGAUAUUGUUAGAACCGCUACUUUUUUGUGGCCAGGCUUGACUGUGGUUGUUGCAGCACCAUAAAAAUAGCUUUGUGUCAAGUUUAUGGAUCACUGUUUGGUUUGGUGUUCCAUCAGAUAAACUUACAACUGCAGAUCGGCCGUCAAAUAUAACCAAGUUGUCUUGAUAGGCUUUAAAGGAUGGCGAUCUUGUCCAUCUCAGCACCUUGCUCACAUCAUUUUUCAUGAAUUGUGGCUCGUGUUGUGUGUAUCCACUGGUGGGCCUUUACUCAAAGCGCUUCUCUCCAUUUUCUGUCAUAAUAACUCAAACUUAUCUGACCGGUAAGAUGAUUUGCUUCCCUCGGCUGUCUUCCUUUGCUCUUUUACAGUAGCCUAUCUUUUCCUCCCCCCUCCUCUAGUCUCCUUCAGUGUUAUUCCCUCCCUGAAGAGGCCCGACUCUCCAACUCCUCUGGAUCUCCCUCUUCAAUUCCCUUAUCGCCUAAAUCCCCCCCAAAGCCCCCUCAUGGACCCUUUACUCCUCCUCUUCUCUUCAGCAAGUGUUCUCCAGCUUACUCUGUGAUGGCAGACUUGGUCACGUUUUCUAUAUAAGCACAAAUCUUGACUCACCCUGACCAGAUGAGAGCUCUUUAGGUCUCCAGUGAAAAAAGAGCGGCUGCAGCUCCCCAUUCAUCUUCUCACCGCUGGAUGUUUUUUCAGUCCCUGCCCUCUGCUCGGAGAGGCACCGGUGGCCUAAAUUUGGAAAAAGCGUGUUAAUUUUUUACCCCAGCAGGCAAGAGCUGCUGAAGUUCUGCCUCACCUGCUGAAAUUUUAACCAGUGUUGUUCCUAAUGCUUCUGUUUAAUUCAGGAAGCUACAGGGUUUUAAUGGUUUUCUCGAAACUCAAAAAAGCUUUUAAGGCUUUCCCCUGUCUAUUUGUUUGAGAAAACAAGGUCUGCUCAUCUGUUCAGGUUUUACUUUUAUGAAAGAAGAUUACAGCUGCACAUCGAAAAGGGAUUUUACUGAUUGAUGGACUUAGUUUUUAAUGUCUCUAUUAAUAUCUUGGAUGUUCCUGGGGUCUGCAACCUUUUAAAAACGAUUAACCUCAUGUAGGAGAUUACAACUUUUUUUUACCUCCGAUACGAUACCGAUAUUGUAGCCUUCAGUAUUGUCCGAUACCGAUAUUGAUCCGAUAUUAGCACAAACUUGUGCAUGAGAAGUUUUGCACUCAGCUGCGAAAUUAUUUCUGACUUGAAUGAAAAAUACUGUCACAAGGCCGACAUCACUCUGAAGGUCCUUACACACCGGGGCCGACACGAAUAUAGAACACGAAAUAUUCUGAGGCGAAUUUUGACGCGCCUGACUAUACACAGGAUGGGACAAUAUCGCAGGACGGGAAAAUGUCACUGAUGUGAACGCUUGAAUUGACAGGAUACGGGUUCAAAAGAAAUAUUGACGUCCGAAAUAAUGAAAUAAUCGCACGACAAAAACGGUCCUGUUGUGUAAGGACCUUUACUCCGUGGUACUUUGGUACACACUGUUGUUGUGGUCACAUGGGCUCGACAUGCUGGAUCCGGGCGCUGCUAGAUAGAGGUGCCGGAGCAGAGUCUGGAAUGGACUGCUUGUAUCGGAGUGCUGAUAUUGAAGAUUUUAGAUGCAGGCUUAUAUAUUCCGAUAUUAGAUUUUUUGUUGAUAUCGGACCCAUAUUCAAUAUCAAUAUCGUAUCUGGACACCCCUAAUCUCAUGUGUCUACCUCAGGAAGCAGUAACUUGAACCUCUGAAAUGAUGUAUUAUUUUAAGUUGUCUCUUUUAUUCUGUUAAACCUUUAAUGUUGUUACUUUGGGAUUUGACAUUUGUUGCAUACACAGACAGUACACUGGCCUAACACACUGUGUGUAACUGUCUCCUCUGUCUUUCUGUCUGCCCACAGGUGGUACCAUGGCAAGCUAGACCGAACCAUUGCUGAGGAGCGGCUCCGCCAGGCCCGCAACCCUGGCAGCUACCUCAUCAGGGAGAGUGACCGCCGGCCCGGUUCUUUCGUCCUGUCUUUCCUCAGUAUGACCAAUGUGGUCAACCAUUUCAGGUACGAGAGAGAGCGUGCAAAAAAUCAGAACCGACUUAGUCCUAGUGAUAGGUGCAGUCUAAAUCUAGAGCAAAACCCCUUAUAGGGCCUUAAAUGCAAAAUCCAGGUAGUUACAAACCGGUAAGGCUAUCUAAAAUAGCGAUUUUCAUGGAUGUGGCCUUAGAUGACCUCACCUGAAUUGACCUGUAGUAGGGACUCGGGGAGAAAAGAGGACUGAGAGCACCAAACCCUCAAGGAAGAAGAGCUAACAUGAAUAAAAAGUAAUGAAUAGCUGUAAAUGUGGGUCAGGGGCCCUAAGGAAUGUCUGUGUACGGAGCCUCCGGACCUGCACAAUGAUGAUGACAUUUAAACAAUGAUAUGCUAUCUGUUGCUGCAGUAAUAAACAGGGAAAUAAAAUGCUCCCAGGAAAUGUGAAUCGCAUGGGAAGACCCUGUAGGUCCCUGUUUUUACCCUUGUACUAAUUACCGUUUAGUGUGGCAUGGUCCCCCUUAUUUUUAGUUCAGUCCAGCUAGUGGGCAAAAUAAGAAACAAUAAGCCGCCUCACACAAACAGAAACUAAGGACUGAGAAGUAGAGGCUGACGUUUUUGUUUAUGCUCAUAUUUUAUGACAGUUGUUGCUUCCACAUCUGCUGAAACCCAUGACUGCGCACAUGAGUUUGUUUUUGCGAGCGAUGCAGAGGGCUUUUCAUUCAGGGAGUGAAUGUCUACAGUCAAAGAGAGAAACCACAAGCUGGUGUUGCAGUGUCAGUGUGGUUUUUUUUCUUACAACUUAACAGUCAAUACAAGAAAAAAAAAAAAGUCUUCCUCCUUAAUGUAUUUGUUGUAUUGUGUUCGAGGAAACAUUAACCCCGCAGCUUACGCAGAAAGGAGGAAGAUAAGCUCUAAGAGAUCAAGGUCAAGCGACUUCACGUUUACAGUAUAUCCUUCUCCCCAAAAGAAAAAAGCUUACCUUCGCAGAAUGCCUUUCUUGUGGGUAGGAUGUGAUAAAGUGGGAGUAUUUAUUGAUAUAAUAAGUCAAUAGCUGCUUAGUAUAACACUUUGCAUUCAGACUUUGUACCAAGCUUGUGUGUUUAAAAACUCAAACAGUUUGAAGACACAACAUUGGGAUUUGUUAAAAGUCUGUCAGCAAUUGCAGGGCUAAGUUGAAAAAGGAAGGAGCACACAAAGAACUUUAGGGGCACAAUAAAAAAUGAUCAAAUAAUGUGUGUCAUUUUUUUUUUUACUUUAUUUUUCAGUAUAACAUGGUUCAAGACAAUAAAUUCUUUACAACCAUUUUUUACAACGUUUUUCUCAAAACUGAAGACAGAGGAAGAAAAAAGGAAACAAAAAAGGGAACAAAGGAACACAGGGGGCAGUUCUUACUCCUUAUUUUGCAAGUGGUUAACAAAGAGGUCCACACAGUUUGUUUAUUAAGCUUCAAGCUCCUUAAACGCUGUCCUUUUCCUCCAUUUUUGAUGAAAGGUAGACAUGUCCAGCCUCAAGUGGUGGUAAGUUAGACUUUCCAUGGUAUAAAUUUCACCCAUAAUGUCCAUCCACUGUCCCAGUAGCGGGCGAUCACUUUUCAUCCAGUUCCGUGCGAUUAUUUGAAAUCAAUUUUCGGUCAAUUGGUCACAUGACAUGGAAGCUGUUGAAGAAAAUGUUCAAAAUUUGCCCUUUAAAUUUAAAACAAAAACUUUUACGGGACCAAUUAAAAGGAAAUAAAGAGCGUGUCUUAUUGUCCGACCUUAGUACUAUUAUUUGAAAUCAAUUUAAGGUCAAUUGGUCACAUGACAUAGAAGCUAUAGAAGAUAACUGCUUUUUUGAGAAAAUCAACAGGUAAUUUAUUGAUGGUCCCUUAUUCAGCACUAGAGCUGUAGCUUUCGAAUAUUUUAGUAAUCGAGUAUUGUAUAGAAUAUUCCAUCGAUUACUCGAGUAAUUGAACCCAAACAGCAAACUCACAUAAGGUUAGAUUUCCUAUAGCCCCGCAAUGAAGGCCAGACUCGGAGAAAUAGAGGAUAAGUUGCUAAAGUAGCUAGGUUGGCAACACUGCAAGAAAAGCCCCUCUCAUCAUUUAUUUUUUUCCACUCCGCAAAACCUAAACAGCGCUUACUCCUCCUUCUACUGUGGUGACGUAAGCACAUUGUGUCACCUUCAAAAGAAUCCGUGCAAAACAGUGACAAUUUGAGCUUAUAAACGAUGACUCGAGGCAGAGAAAAUUCCUUGAUCAUUAUUCAUUAUCAAGUAACUUUAGGUGAUCGAGGAAUUGUUUCAGCCCUAUUCAACACCCGACAUUGACAGCAAGGGUGCCGAGUCGAUUUAACCGCGCUGCUGUUGCUAUUCCCGGUUAUGGAGAGUGAGAAGACACCGGUAGAUCAUCAGUGCAUGUCCGUCGAAUAUCCAACCUAAAACUAACUUCGCUGCGGUAUUUACAUGAAAAAACAUUUGUUGCCUCGGCUGAUUUUUUUUUUUUUUUUUAUGCGCACAUUUGCCCCUGAAUACCUUCUACAAUUCGCACACAUCUAUUUUUCGCCUCAAAUGCGAGUGAAGCGGUUGCACUGUCGAGCCCUGACCUGUGUACUGAUAUGCUCACUUUCUCCUCCUCCUACUUUUUAAGCAUUACUCAAAGAUUUGCUCGUCUGUGAGGUAAACUUUUCAUCCUGGAUCGCAGACUCUCUAUCUCUGGGAAAUGGACAAUUUCCCCAGAAGAUGCCCUUCUCUUAUUAAGUAACAAUGACAUCAUCUCCUUGACUCACAUUGGUGUAGCGCCGGUGAUGUCAUCGAUGCUGCGAGGAAGGAGCCCCCGCCAUAAGCGAAUUAUGAACACAAGGUUAAUUGUGUGUCACCUGCUCUUGAAGAGGCCGAUGUCCUCAGAUUGUGUAGCAGCAAAUGAGUAAGAGCAAAAGUGGGUUUAUUAUAAAGCCUCCAUCAUCAGAGAUCCACUCAGCUGAUGAGUAAAGAAUUAGGAUUAGUGUUUCUGCAGCAGGACAUGCUAUAUUAGAGUGAUUUUAUCAUGCAGUUGAACUGUUGAACUGGUGAUUUUCAGCUUUUUCUCUGAGUGACAAAUGACAAAAUCCAGAUAGUGGGAUUCAGCGGCGGACCUUUUAACUCUAUUCUGUGCUCACUCUCUAAUAUCCACUUGACAUCGAUCUAUUUUUUACUCUCAGUUGGCUAAAAAGUUGUGACUUUUCUUGCAUCUUGUACAUUCAAAUGACAAAACCGCUGCCAUCUUCACCUUACCUGUCUUCUCCAGGAUAAUCGCCAUGUGUGGGGACUAUUACAUCGGCGGGCGACGGUUCUCUUCUCUAUCAGAUCUGAUCGGUUACUACAGCUAUGUGUCAUGCCUGCUAAAAGGAGAGAAACUGCUAUCCCCUGUAGCGCCCCCAGAGGUGAGAGUGCAGAGAUCGCAGACCCAGUAUGCUUGAAAACUCAAAUGAGCCUCCAUUUGUUUUGAACUAUUCAAGAUAUGCAAGUAAACCAUGUCGAAAUAUGGUUGGAUUUAAGCUCAAAUAGUGUCCGCAUCAAGACUGAAAGUAGUCAUUUCAUGUGUGUAGUGUACUUUUACAAAAAAAUUAAAACAGUGGUGGUAUAAAGGUUAAGAGAUUUUAGCGAUAAAACUUAGCAAGAGAGACAGUAAAACUGAAUGUCAGCAGAUCAAGGCAAGUCAGAUUCAUUUAUAAAGCACCGUUCCUUCAUAGAAGAACUGUAACAUUGACAGUCAGGUAUGCAAAAUGGGGCCCCGUCAUGUAAAAUACUGUCUAGUAUAAUAUCUAAUCGAGCUGAAAGAGUGGCAAUGAAUGAAGUAAGGUUCAUUAUUAGAUUACUCGGAGUCAGCCUUGAUUCCUUUAUGGAGCCUCUUGCUUAAAAUACAACUUUUUUUCCUCACGUCUUCCUGCUCCUUUUCUCUUUUGCCCUUGAGCAGUAUUCAGAACAGUUUAAAGCAAAGCUCCGGCUAACGCUAAUUACCUUUUUUUUAGCCCAGCGUGAUAUCUACCCGGGGAGUUGUAGUAGAAUACUUGAUUUAACGGAAUAAUUGGGGGGAUUUAAUGUGGAUGUGGUUUCGGGGUUUUAAUUCUUUGUGUGCACGUCUCUGCAGCCUGUAGAAGACAGGAGGAGAGUCAGGGCCAUACUUCCAUACACCAAAGUGCCAGAUACUGAUGAGAUCAGGUAAGUGUCAUCCACCUUGUCCUACACCUGUAACAGAUGAUAAAAAAACUUAAUUUUUGCUUCACUUUAAAAAAUCGAUGCAACACAGUCAACACUGAAGAAAUGCACACUCUUAUAAAAAGCGGCUACAAAAUGCAGAUAUCACUUCAGAUCUUAUGGGUCAAAAGAGACACCUGCAGGUGAAGUCGUGGUAUUACACCCACUGAAAAAGAAGGCUCCUCAUGCUUAAGCUUCAAGUCUGCCUUAUAACAUCAACACUUAUAAAGACAGUUUUCAAAUUUCAGUUACAUCUUAACAACAGAGGUCACGUGUUUUUAUAAAUCUUCUUUUACAUACUAUGAACCUUUGUCUUAAUGUCUGUUUUGACUCUGUGUGUCUUCAGCUUCCUGAAAGGGGACAUGUUUAUUGUUCACAAUGAACUGGACGAUGGCUGGAUGUGGGUAACUAACGUUCGCACGGAGGAGCAGGGCCUCAUUGUGGAGGAUCUGGUGGAGGAGGUGGUAAGUGAAGCACAAAUCGAGUGAUUUUUGUAUAGAUAUCUAAAUAUCUGAUGACAUUAUUUUGAAUACAGAAGCAGUGAAUUGUAGAUAUAACUUGGUGAAAUAUAGAGAGCCAAGAAGGGGAACCACUGACUGAGUGUUUGUGAUCUUUUUCAGGGGCGGGAGGAGGAUCCACAUGAGGGAAAAGUGUAAGUCACUCAAAAUGAUUCUCUGUGGUGCAUUCUUCUUAAGUUUGUGAAAACAGUAGUCGUCUCAUAUUCUCAUAGACUAUCUCAUUUACAGGUUUAACUCAGGAUCUUUUAUUUGACUCCAGUCACAUAAAUUAGUUUGUUUUGUCAGUCAGUUAUAGAGGAUGUUUGAUAUGGAAGAGAAAAGAGCAAAACAGCACAUCCUCACUUGACUUUACUUCACGUUUGGAAAGUCUUUAACCUUUAAUAUGUUAACGACGACAAAACUAGAAAAUAUAAAUCAACAUUUAGGGUGCUAAAUUAGGCAGAGCGGAGGAGAAAAUAUAUGAAAAUGUAGUCAACUAAGUCUUUAAUUUUUAAUGAAAGUUUGGAGAUGAUGUUGUUUCUACUAAAUUUCUAACUGUAUGCUUGUGUGUUUCAAUCUCCUGAAUAGCUGGUAUCACGGAAAGAUCACCAAACAAGAGGCCUACAACCUGCUGAUGACAGGUACCAUCCCUCUUUGCCCUUCAUUCAGCUUUAGUCAUUCAUCACUCGUGACAUUAUUGUGUUUUUCUUUUAGCCAGAAAUAAGUCGUGAACAUCAAGUCUAUUUAUAAAAAAGUACUGCUGAGCCUGCACUAAAACCUUCUUUUCCUCUCGUCCCUUUUCUUCUUUUGCUCUUUUUCAUGCUGCAGUCGGCCAGGUGUGCAGUUUUCUAGUGCGGCCAUCAGACAACACACCUGGGGACUACUCCCUCUUUUUUCGUACCAAUGAAAACAUCCAAAGGUUUAAGAUCUCCCCCACCCCCAACAAUCAGUACAUGAUGGGAGGGAGGUACUACAACAGGUAUGUUUGACGAUUUAAAUCAGUAUAAUGACGCCACAUUUGAAGUUGUAUUUAUUGAGUUAACUAGAUCUGCUGCGUCUUAUUUCUCAUUCUCUCACUUGUAGUGUUGACGACAUUAUUGACCAUUACAAGAAAGAACAGAUUGUGGAGGGAUACAACCUGAAGGAGCCUGUUUCAGUGCAGGUAGGUUUCAAUCCAUCCCUCUUUUGUUAAUCCUGUCUAAAUGGAUGUUUCUGAGUUAUCAGUAUGAUUGCCAUUUUGAGGGGGGAAAAGAGGAAAAGCAGGAGAUGAAAUAUCGCAUCAGAUAUUUCCUUUUAAAGAUCCAGAACAUUCCUUCUUCACCCGAACGAUCAAAGUAGUUUUGUUGCGUGGGCCGGCUCUCGUAAAUGGAAUUGAUUUUGCCUCCACGGUUGCGUGAUUGUUUGAUUCUGAUUUUUGUUUCUACUUCAGCAGCAGGAACAGGUUCUUACUGACACGGUGGAUGGGAGAGAAAUUUAUAACACUAUCAGACGGAAAACAAAAGACGCUUUCUACAAAAACAUUGUCAAGAAAGGCUACCUCAUGUUCAACAAAGGUACAGGAGACAUCCAUCUUUCAUCGCCUCUUGUUUUGUCAUGAAUCAAAGCGUUUCAGUUCAGUCCUCUGAUCGGGUCUGUCAGGAUAAACAUCAACUUUCAUUUGUUCCUCACAGCUUUAGGCAAAGGCAAAAGAUGGAAGAACCUUUACUUCAUCCUAGAGGGAAACGACGCCCAGCUCAUCUAUUUUGAGAGCGAGAAGAGAGCCACCAAACCCAAAGGGCUGAUUGACCUAAGUGUGUGCUCUGUGUAUGGUGUGCAUGACAGUCUGUUUGGCAGGUGAGAGAUGAGGCUAUCCUUUUUUUUGUCAAAUUUAGUUAAAACGGCAAAGAGUGUCAUGAUGAAUAACUUCCUCGAAAAGGUUUUCUCCAAAUGAAGCAUCAAACACUUCAUACUAAUUAGAGUUUUUACUCUUUUCAGGCCAAACUGUUUCCAGAUUGUUGUCCAGCACUUUAGCGAGGAACAGUACAUUUUCUACUUUGCGGGGGAGACUCCUGAGCAGGCACAGGUAAUGAGAUCAAAAUGUGAAGUCUAACUGUGCGUCUGUCUCCAAAAGGACUCGCCAUGCUGUGAAAUGUCCUUGUUAUGUAUAAAAAGAAAGUACAUUUCCAGCAGGCACUGACAGGAUGGCCGAUCAGGACCCCUGUUUGUGCUGAAGAUCUUUGCCUGACAAAAAAAAAAGAGAGAGAAAAAGGUUCAAAGUUUUGGGUCCUGACAGCUUGUUUUUUGUUGUUUUUACAGGAUUGGAUGAAAUGCCUUCAAACCUUUUGCAGUAACUUAAGGAAAACCACUCAGCCAACCUCGAACAAGAGGCUCAGACAGGUACAGACACAAUCAACAACUGUGUGUGUGCAUGUAAAGGAAGUGAAGCAGAACACUCUAAACUAAGUCUUUGUCAAAUCUAAACUUGAUUUGAGACAAAUAAAUUUGAAUCACAGGGUUGUCAGUAACUUAAAGAUACGGAGCUCUGUGAGUUUUGUUCUGUACCUGUUAACCUGUUAGAUGGCUUGUGAUUGACUUUUAAAGGAAACUAUCAGUGCUAAUGUUGGUUUACACUCUUAAUAAAGGCUUUUUUUUAAAACAAUAAGUAUCCCUCUGAUGCCUUAGGCUAUGUUCACACUGCAGGUCAAUUCCGAUUUUUUUAACCAUAUAUGACACAUAUCUGAUUUUAUCAUUUAAGUGUGAACAGUGCAAUCAGAUUUUUUCAUAUCCGACCCAGGCCUCUUUUUUGUGUAGAUAUGUGACUGCAGUGUAGACGCUCAGGUUGCGUUCAUCCGACCUAUACGUCAUCAAUAUGCGACAAACGUCACCAUUGUUCCACAACACAAACAGGCGCGGAAAGCAAUUUGUGCUUUGUGCACAUGCGGGUCACUUCACGGAUGUAUUCCAUUCACAUCAGAUGCUGCAUUCGUUGUUGUAAUGUGAACGACCGCACAAAAAGAUCGAAUUUAACAAAAAAUCCGAAUUGUGCAUCAUAACCUGCAGUGUGAAGGUAGCCUUAGUUAGGGUUCCAUAAAGCUGUGAGCCACUAUAAUCCUCGGGAGCAGGUGGUAUCGAGAGGAAAUACUGAAGUAGAAAGUCUGUACACUAAAAAGUAUAUCAAGGAUUUCAUCAUCAGUUUUGUUAUCACCGUUCUUCUGACUGAAUCCUGGAGAGCUUUAAUGAUUUAAAUCAGUGGUUCUCAAGUCCAGUCCUUGAGGCACACAACACACCUGAUUCAAAUGAUUAGCUCGUUAUUAAGCCAUUACAGAGCUUGAUAACGAGCUGAUCAUUUGAAUCAGGUGUGUUGGAGCAGGGAAACAUCCAAAACAUACAGGACAGUGGGCCUCGAGGACUGGACUAGAGAACCACUGAUUUAGAGCAUCAUUCAACCGCCCUUGUGUUUCUGUUUUGUGUGAAAUUCAUCAUCUCUCUCAGGUGAGCAGCCUUGUGCUGUACGUGGAGGAGGCUCACAAGCUGCCGGUGAAGUAUUUCACCAACCCUUACUGUAACAUCUACCUGAAUAGUGUCCAGGUGGCCAAGACGCACCCGAGGGAGGGGCAGAAUCCUGUUUUCACAGAGGAGUUCAUCUUUGAGUGAGUUUAUCAGACUCAGAAUGAGACUUCCUUUUUUCCCCCUUUGUCUACUGUGUCUUUCUCUGACAGCAUUUUUGAUAACUCAAGAUUUGUAUCUGUUGUUUCAGUGACUUGUCGAGUGAAAUCAACCGAUUUGAGAUCAGCCUGAGCAACAAAACAAAAAAGAGCAAAGAAAGUGACAUCUGUAAGUGCACGUCCUCGUUUUUUAACAAUCGCUCUAAUCGCUGGAGCUUCUGCAGUCGAGUUAUUUUAACAUCUGUAACGUCUUCCUUAUCCAUUCCUCCUCAUCUCUUCCUCAGUAUUCAUGCGGUGCCAGUUGAACCGUCUGCAGAAGGGCCAGAUGAUUGAUGAGUGGUUCCCUCUCAGCUCCCACGUGCCUCUGAAGGGCAUCGAGCCGGGCUCCUUGCGGGUACGAGCUCGGUACUCCAUGGAGAAGAUCAUGCCUGAAGAGGAAUACAGCGAGUUCAAAGAGGUCUGUCUCUCUGAGAGGAGGUUCUGAUUGCAAAGUUCAUCCGCUGCUCUGGUGUUUGCUUAAAUUGAUGAUGCUACUGUGUGUCGUCUGCAGAUGAUUUUGCAGAAAGAGUUCCAUGUCAUCUACGCCCUGGCCCACGUGUGUGGUCAGGAUCGCACCUUAUUGGCAAGCCUCCUUCUGCGGAUCUUCAGACACGAGAAGGCCGAAGCCCCUCUACUCAGGACACUCAAUGACAGAGAGAUCAGCAUGGAGGGUAAGAAAGACGGCAGACUGAAUAUGAUGUUGGUGAUCACUGAACGAGCUCGUGUUGACCUCUGCCCGUGCGCUCUCUCUCACCAGACGAGGCCACAACAUUGUUCAGGGCGACCACGCUGGCCAGCACACUGAUGGAGCAGUACAUGAAGGCCACAGCUACACCCUUCGUUCAUCACGCGCUCAAAGACACCAUCCUCAAGAUCAUGGAGAGCAAACAGUCCUGUGAGGUAAAGAGACCUUCACGCAGCAGGACAAGACUUCAGUGUUUAAAACUGUUAAACGCUAACCUAGAACUAAGCAUCUUUAGAAAAUGAAAGCUAAUCUAAGAUGAAAUUUUAAAACUAUUUUAACUUUGGUGAAGGUUUAUCAUAAUGAUUGAAUAUCAAUGCAGCAUCUUUAAACUGCUGUGUUUGACUUUCAUCCAUCUAUUUUAAAGCUGAAUCCCUCCAAACUGGAAAAGAAUGAGGAUGUGAACCUGAACCUCGCUCAUCUCCUCAACAUCCUGUCUGAGCUGGUUGAGAAGAUCUUCAUGGCUGCUGAGAUCCUACCGCCGUAAGAAAAAAAACAAAACACACAUCCGUUAUAUAAUCUCACACACAGGCUGAAAUUUGUUUAUAAACCGCCUUGUAAUGAUCUCUGCAGGACGUUGAGGUUCAUCUAUGGCUGUCUGCAAAAGUCUGUGAAGCAGAAAUGGCCCAACACCACCAUGAGGACAAGAGUCGUAAGGUAAACAAAAGUGUGGACUCAUUUCUUUCAUGCAGAAGAAAGUUUACAAUUAGGGCCAGAUAUGGAUUUUUUGGGGUUUUCAUGAGGUCGCUGCGCCAUCUACAGGAUAAGUAGGGGAACUUUUCAAAUGGCGGAACAUUUUCGAAGUGAAACCGAAUCUUAUUCUCUGCAUUUUAUUUUUGAAAACAUUGGCAAAAAUUGGCGAGUUUUGGCCAAUUACCGAUUCGUCUCGAACGGGAUAAAAUUGGCCGAUUUAAUCGUCUUGCUGAUAAAUCGGUCAGGCCCUACUUACAAUAAAAGGGUUUUGCAUCCAAAAGUCCAUCUCAUUUAGUUUUAAUUCACUCUGACCUUUCUCCUCCAAUCUUCUUCCAGUGGCUUUGUCUUCCUGAGAUUAAUCUGUCCGGCCAUCCUCAACCCCAGAUUGUUCAACAUCAUAGCUGGUGGGUUUUAUUCAGGAAAAUCUUCCAAGAUCCCUUCUUUUUUUCACAUAAGAUAUGAGUGUUUUAUAACGACUGACUGUUCCUGCAGACCCUCCAUCAUCAGCAGCAGGCAGGACCCUCACACUGGUGGCUAAAUCUGUCCAGAACCUGGCCAACUUGGUUGAAUUUGGUGCUAAGGUUUGGAUUCUAGAAAACUGAGCUUUAUGUCAGAGGAGAUAUGUGCUCCAGCGUUGACUAUGUCUUUGUAUUGUUCAUGUUGUGUUUUAUUGCCUUGAACAGGAACCCUACAUGGAGGGAGUGAACCCUUUCAUCAAAAACAACAAACACAGGAUGAUCAUGUUUCUGGAUGAGUUAGGGGUGAGUGGCAUUCUUAUUAGAAGUCUAUAAACUCCCUUUGUCGGCUCACUCAUCUUGACUGGUUUCUUUACAAGUUUAGAAAGUUGUACGCUUUCUUUUGUAGAACGUCCCUGACCUCCCUGAAGCCACAGAGCACUUUAGGACUGAUCUGUCCCGGGACCUGGCUGCGCUGCACGAGCUCUGCGCCACACACUCAGACGAGCUCAGGACGCUGAGCAAUGAGAGGGGAGCACAGCAGGUCAGAGACGGAUGGCGUCCCCAGCCGUGCGCUCCAAGGCAGAUUUAUGCCCCCUCUGUUUCACGAGAUUGAUCUUCUCUCUGCUUCCUCUCUUCCGCAGCACGUGUUGAAAAAGCUGCUGGCCAUCACAGAGCUCCUCCAGCAGAAGCAGGCUCAGUACGCCAUGUCCAACAGCAACAGGUAGUACUGCACUCCUCCUCCUCUUCCUCCUCCCAUCACCCCAUCAUCCGUCAAGUCUCCUCCACCGGAUCGCAGCACACGGGAGACCUAGCAUGCUCUACCCUCAUCACCAUGGCAAACCCCUCCAUUAUUGUCCUCCUCUGAUAGCCCCGCCCAUCCCCACCCACCUGCCAUCUUUCCCCCUCGUUCACCACAAGCGAGCUAUGCAACAACAGCACCUGAGUGAAACAGCCAACGCAGUACUUAAAAAAACAAGGAAAAACAAAAAAACAAACGCACCAGUGACUGACAGCUGUAUGCACACAAACCGAUCUCUUCCCUCAGAAACUGUUUUCAGACUUUGGGUACAUUUCGUUCCCUUCAUCACAAGGGCCAAAUAUUAAGAUUUUAAGAGGUUUCUUUGUACCCCAGAUGUGUUUUGACAGCACAGGUUGCCAAAGUGUUCCCCCCUCUCCCUGCUUGAUAUGAGGAAACUGACAUGAAGAAGCUAGUUCUUGGUCCCCCACCCCACCCCUUUUUUUUUUCUUGUAACUGGAUUAUGAGCGAUGAUGCUUUUUAUACUGUAAUUGACUGACUUAUUUUAAGGUUGUGACAAUACCCGCAAAGAGCUGAAAACGAGCAUUUCUGUCUAUUUUGUUUCUUCUGUUUUUUUUCUUUCUUUGUUUUCUAGAUUGGAACAAAGUCUUUCAGAAAAAUAUGGUUAUUUUAUAUUAAGAAUAAAUUCUCUUGCUGGAAUCAUGAGUAUACAAGUGAGACAAGCUGAAUUUUUAUUUUCUCCGAUUGUAUCAGCUAUUUUUUUUUUUUUUUUGAUUAUUUGGUAAGUCUUUUUUUUGAAACUUUUCAAUGCCAGGCAAGACACAUAAUCAGAGAAACCAAGUAAAAGCAAAGUGUUUACAGCAGUAAUUUUUGAAUAGACUGUAUCAGACAUGCAUGCACUUAUUAAACAGUUUUUGUAAAGUAGUUUAUGGAGUCUUUUAUUGUCCCCUGAUAAAGGUGGAGGGAUGUAUGCGCACAGUAUGUUAUGACUUGUUGGAAAAAAGGAAAAAAUUAAGAGAAGAAUUUAGAAAAAUAUCUUUAUUCCUGCAGAACAAAGGCAUGACAAGUGUCAACAAUAAUCUGUAGAAAAGUAAAUAUACGUAUUUUAACACUGGAAUGAAGUAACUAAACUUUUGUUCAAUCCCAAAAAUUUCUAAAUGCUCAAAUCAGGUCUUCAUCAGUCCAUUCCUGCAAAGAAAGAAAGUUAAAUUUAGAAGGUUUUCUUAAAGACAGAGAUCAAUCUGUUUGUAAAAUAUUGUCCCACCUCUUCCUCCAGACGUCGUUCUUUUGCUACGUGACCGUCUUCUUCAUAUCCUCGCUUUCGUUUGCUGCGUUGAAAAAGAAUUUUACAACACACUCUUGCGUAACAUCAAACUAAAAAAUUGACUUUUCGAUAAUUCGAACUUAAAUUUGCAAGCAGGAAUUGUUGGUGAACUGUUUUUCCCUCCACAACAUUCGUGAUUGUGACCUCCUCUUCAUCUAAGUGUUUGAACCAUAGACUGUAUAAACUAUGGACAACUUGGUUCCGCCUCCCACCAGAAUAUGGAUUUGAAGCCAAAAAGCUCUCAGUAUUUCCUGAAACCAGCGCUGCGCACUAGCGUUGUACGCAUUUGGCGGUUGAGUCGCCGAGAGUCGCUGUGAUGAUGCUCGGCUCAAACAGCGUAUCCCCCCGGGUGAGCUACACAAUCCCUGAACGCCAAAAGGCUGUUGAGGACUUGAGCACAAAACCAGCCUUAAGCUCCUUUCACACCGGGACCGUUUUUAUCGUGCGAUUAUUUCGGACAUCAAUAUUUUUUUGAACCCAUAUCCUGUCAAUACAAGCGUUCACAUCAGCGAUGUUUUCCCGUCCUGCAAUAUUGCGACAUUUAUUUUGUCCAUUCUAUAUACAGUCUAUGGUUUGAACACUCGCUUAGUGAAGAAUAGAGUUUCCACCACGCCUCACAGUCUCCAUCAGUAGCUGUAGUAGUCGUAGUUUUAAGUCUCUUCAUCUAGACUAGCUCCCCCGUCCAUGAAUGUUGUCAUCAGACGCCACGUCUAAGUGUCUCUCUGAGCGUUUCCUCUCACAAAAGCGUGUCCACUUUAUCUUACAGGACAGAGUGCACCAUCAUGUCUCUGGCUGCUGCCAUCCAGGUAAUGUGACUUUUACAGAAUCCUAGCCGAGAAUCAAAGUGUGGUGGUGGUGGUGGUGGGACCACACAUCCAGCCAGCCAAAGUGAGGCCUCUCCUCCUGAGACCGAAGAUGAAAGUCAGUUUGUAUUUAUAAGAGCAUGUGGCCUAGAUUCAAGACAGUUUCAAAUGCAAUAUGGCUGUUCUCCAUGGGAAACCACUUGCUGCAUAUUUGACUACUUUCCUUCCAAAGCCCUAACUCAAAUGCUUCAGUGUGUUGAACUGAUUAAAUUGGACCAGAAGCCUCAUCAAAAAACCUGGGAUGAAGAUCUCGAUGAAGAUGGACCUAAGAUACCGUCAACUGAAGACGUAUCAGAACUUUGUUUCUUUUCCUGGUAUGCCUGCCUUUCCCUCAGAACUUUGACUGGUUACAAUCGGUGCUUGAUAAAGAACCAGACCGCCGUGAUCUGGCACCCCUUUUCUUGGACUAAAGGAGGUAAUCCAAAGCAUUGAAGUAGCCGUCAUCAGGGAAUUUAAACAUAGCACCUCUCUCCAAGAUGACACAAGCCUUAACUCCCUUUCUACACGCCCUCCACUCACCUGGAUCUCCUGAUCUAAUGAAAAGCUCUUCCUUCGUUCGAGACUUCCACUCGUCUUUGUGUAUGAACUUCCACGCAGCACCAGAACCACUUGUUACUUUUUAUAUAUGCUGCUUUGUUUGCUGGUAUUAUAAACUUAGGCUUGUAUAGAAGUUAAAAAAAAAAGUGUUUGUGUAUGAAAUAGUCGAGGGAAAGAUAGCGUUUGUAGGAGAUUUCUGUACCCUGUCCUGUGCAUGUGUUAACCCUUAAUGGAUCCCGCUACAGUGUGUGGGCCUACAUACAGUAUAUGCUGCUCUAACAUCACCUGAACUUCCUUUAAGCUUUGGGGUGUGAACAAAUAAGCUUUCAUGCGUUUGCAGUCUCUUUUUCCCGCCAUCGCAGGAGUGGCGUUUCGGUACACUUCUGCACCGACUGUUGUCAUGUAGAUUUCAUCCUGAGAAGUCAUGCCAUGCACAGAUUUGUCAACUUCCAAGUCAUAGCUGUUAAGGGUUGGCCUCGUGUGCCUCCUGAUGAUUCAAGUCAGAAUCUGUGCCUGUCAUAGCUCAAGAGUUUACCAAACUGUUUACUGUAGAUGCACUUAAGAUACCACGGACCUCACCGACCUCACCAAGUGUUAAAACAAACAGCCGGCGACAGAUAAACGAGCCUGAACGUCUCCUCAUCAGCAAUACCGAUAUAUCAGCUGUGCUACAUGGUAUGGAUGAUGGAGGUAGGAAUGUGGCGUGCUCUUGUACUUCCUUUCUGUAUUUCAUACAGCGGAUGAUGUGUUCCUUUUUAUUUUUCUACCUGAUACUGAACCUUGAACCUUUUGCAUCUUAGAUAUGACAACCUGGCUACAAUAAAACUGUUACUAUGUACGAAAAUGGAGGAUGGGCUUUCUUACUUUGGAGUGACGGAUAGAAAUACAAACCAAAAUCACUGCAGCUGCAUCUUAGAAUGUUCCCAAAAUACAAUAGUUUAGUUCUGAUCAAAUUUAAGGACUAGGUAAAAUGGAUUUUAUUAAGUUUUAAACUUUUAAAAUUAAGAUAUAUUGGAUAUGAAAAGUCAUGUAAAAAAAUUAAAUCAGGAUAAAUAAUUUCACAACUUCCUCUACCUUUAAUGUGACCUAUUACCUGUACAACACAAGUGAAAAAAAAAACGAAAUCUUUCAGGGAGGUGAAGUAAAAACAAACAACUGCGAACAUGUGGUUGCAGAAGUGUGCACACCCUGUAAUAACUGGGGAUGUGGUUGUGUUCAGAUUUAACCAAUAACAUUCAAACUCAGGUUUAAUUGGAGUCAGCACACACCUGUCACCAAUUAAAGAGCUUCUGAUCAACCCCAAAUUAAGUUCAGCUGUUCCUUCAGCACAAGCCGUGGUCCAGCAUCAGAGGUAUCUCAUUCAAAGAUAUCAGUCAGGGGAGGGCUACAAAAGAGUUUCCAAGGAAUUAAAUAUACCAUGGACCACAGUGAAGACCGUCAUUAUGUAGUGGACAGAAUAUGGCACAACGGUGACAUUACAAAGAACAGGACGUCCGUCCAAAAUUGAUGAUAAGACAAGAAGAAAACUGGUCAGGGAGGCGACCAAGAGGCCGACAGCAACACUGGAGGAGCUGCAGGAAUUUCUGAAAAGUAUUGGCUGUGUAGAACAUGUGACAACAAUCUCCCGCUGUCUUCAUAUGUCUGGGCUAUGGGGUAGGGUGGCAAGACGGAAGCCUUAUCUUAUAAAGAACAACAUCAAAGCCCGGCUUAAUUUUGCAAAAAGUGUGUUAUGGUCUGAUGAAACCAAAUUUAAACUUUUUAGGCAUUACUGCAAAAAGUUUAUGUGGUGCAAAAUCAACACUGCUCAUCACCAAAAGAACACCACACCCACAGUGAAGCAUGGUCGUGGCAGCAUCAUGCUUUGGGGCUGUUUUUCUUCAGCUGGAACUGGUGUCUUAGUCAGGGUGCCGGGAAUUAUGAACAGUUCCAAAUACCAGUCAGUGUUGGCACAAAACCCUUUGGCGUUCUACUAAGACGCUGAAGAUGAAGAGGAACUUCAUCUUUCAGCACGACAAUGACCCAAAGCACACAUCUAAAUCAACAAAAGAAUGGCUGCACCGGAAUCAGAUUGAGACUUUGGAAUGACCCAGCCAGAGCCCAGACCUGAAUCCCAUCGAACAUUUGUGGGGUGAUCUGAAGAGGGCUGUGCACAGGAGAUGCCCUCACAAUCUGUCAGAUUUGGAGAGGUUUUGCAAAGAAGAGUGGGCAGAUAUUGCCACAUCAAGAUGUGCCACGCUGAUAGACUCCUACCCAAAAAGACUGAGUGCUGUAAUAAAAGCCAAAGGUGCUGCAACACAGUAUUAGUUUGAGGGUGAGCAUAUUUAUGCAACCAGGUUAUUUUAACUUUUCUAUUAAAGGUUAUAGGCCACAUUAAAGGUGGAAAAAGUUGUGAAAAUAUUUAUCUUUUCUGUCAAUUUCUUACAUCACGAAAACCUGGCAGUUGAACAGGGGUGUGUAGACUUUUUAUAUCCACUGUACUGUAGCACAUGUACAAACUUGCAUGUCCUUACUUGCUUGAACUGAAUUCCGCGUGAAUCCUCUCCAGCUUCUGUUUGUAAACAUUCACCUCCUCUGAUUUUGGGAGUUCAUACUUCUUCAAGAGGGUUUUCAUUCCUGCAUGAACACAGAAAAAAAAAAAACAUUCAGGACACUGUUGUAGCCCGAGGCAGCUCAACAGCACCACCCUGUGGUGUGACACCAAAAGUACAGCUUACUCACUUCUCAUUGAGUCAUACAUCUUUGAAAGAGUCUCUUUGUCACCUUUCAGUCCCAUACACUCCGUCAGGUAGCUGUGGAUCAGACAGAAACACAAAUUGAUCAUUUUUUGGGAUUAAAAUAUUCGAAGGAAGACAGGAGUUUGGUUUAAGAUUUUUGUUUUUUGCUUGGUUUCAUAAUUCUUUACACGGUUUACUAGUAACUGGACUUCAAACACUGAUUUAUACAGACUUUGGACAUCAUAAAAUCAUCCAAUUGAAGAAUUUUAGUGCUAUAUAAAUUAUCUAAGAUUAAAAAAAAAAAACUGAUCAACCCACUUCAUUAUUGUCCGAUCAUGCUGGAUGACCCACCUCUCCAUGCUCAGACCUGCUCUUGAGGAGCUGUUCAGAAUAGCUGUCAGAGCGAUCUGAGACGGGGGAAACAGCAGCCCCGCAUCCGUGAUUGCUGCCUGUGUGAGGAAGUCAUCAGCACUCUUCCUCAGUGACUCCGGGUUCUCCAGCAUGGGAUAUCUUGUCUGAUGGGUAAAAAUCAUACAUAGAAUCUCGACUACUUGAUGAACCAAAUCAUAAAUCAAUCAUAUAAAGCUCUCUAGGAGGUCCACCUGCCUUAAGGUCGAUGAGCAGCCCCUCCAUGGGUCUAUACGGGUUGUGGACCACUAAGUGAAAGUUGAGCUGUUGGAUUAGCAGCAGCUCAUACUCCAAAAUCUGCUCGAGGACCCUUUCCUGCCCUGCUGGGGUCUCCUGCAGGAGGUUACCUACAAACUGGGUGCUGGAUACGUUGAACUCAUCUACUUUACAGGACAGGUACGCACACGUCAGCCUGAAACACAAAGGGGAACUUGAGAAGAAAGAAAAAUGUGAACAUUUGUGUAGACUUUGAGAAGUAUUUGUAUUACAAAUAAUAACAGGCCAUAUAUCCCAAAUACUAAAUACAAAGUCUGAGAAUCAAUAUAAGGUAAGAAGCUAACAAAGAGGUGCUUUCUCUGCUCUCAUCUCUACUCACAUGAUAAUCCUGGGAUGGUACUCCAUGAUGGAGUUGUUGAGAUAGAAUCUUCUGAAGUACAUGAUGGCUGUACCCUGACCAGACACAUACAUGGUUUAGAUUAUUACUACAAUAUAAUACAAGCUUUUUAUCAGCUACAUGGCAGCCACGUGACUGGAUGAUGUCUACACUGCAAAAAUCUCAAAUCUUACCAAGUGAGUUUGUAUCAUUUCUCAUCAAAUCAUCUCAGUACAUAUGCUACACUGAAAGGACCGAGCCAAAUGUAAAUCUCAUUUCAAGAUGUUUUAAGACAAAAAUUUCUCAAUAAGUUCCUGAACAAUGUGUGGUGUCUUGUUUCAAGAAAAAGGCUUGUGGUAACAAGCAGCCAUGACUCAAGUGUGUAUGGACCAUCUACAAAGUGCAAUCCUGAUGACAGAUGUUGCAGAAACAUUUUAAUAACUUCACUCUGGACAGCCGCACUUUGCACGUUAAUGCACAUGGUCAUAUAUCACCAUUAAGUAUGGGAUAUAUGCUUUAUAUUACAGGGGCAUAUGUAACCCCCCAUUUUGACUGCGAUGGGUUAAAGGGCAGCAUUCAGUACUUUAAGUAUAUUGCAAAGAAAGUCCUUUUUACUUUACAGGCAGACUUAUACAUUACACAAAAAUAUGUUAAAUAAAAUGUAACAUUACUCAGCACAUGACAGCAGAUCUUCCAGUAUCAAAAAUAAAGAAAUAUAUCAAAUAUUUAAACCAGCAAACAAAAACAGCACAGUUAAGGUAGUCAGGUGUGAGCCAAUCCACAAAAAUAAAUAAUAAAAUACAUUUUUUGGGAUCACUCAGAGUUUAGGUAGGUACAAUCCUUUUAAUCACACUAACCUUUGUAACUUAACUUAAAGUCAAAUACGAUUAAUCUAGAGUACUUCUGAAGUAUUCUACCUUUCACCAGUCAUAAUGCACAUCUUAGGUAAUAUUAUAAUAUUAGGUAAUAUAAAAUUUAAAGUGGUGGUAGUUAUUCUUUAUCAAGAUUUAUCGAGUUUAUUGUUUUCUUACAGAAUUUUCAAAAUAAUGCUUAAAGAUAUAAGAUUAAGACAAAUUUAGAUGACUUUAGAUAAUUUUGGACGUUUGCAGACUUUUGUACAGUUAAGACACUAAUUUGCACCUCCACAUAAGAGGUUUUUUUAUAGAGUACUUUUUACUUAAUAGGACUGUUGCAUGACUCUUUCUCUUGACCGGAA